AGCACAUAGAGCUUUGGAUUACCGUUAGUAUAGUCCAUACCGUUUAAUGAUAACGAUACAAGGCUUUGCGAGACUGGGGCCGACCAUUAGGACUGCUUUGUUGCAGUCCUUCACACUUCUAGGCCGUGGAAAUAUCCAAAGAUCUUCAUCAACUAUAUCAGCGACUGCCAGUCCUGCUGAGAAGAGACUUUAUCUAGACAAGGAAAACUACCGUAAAUCUGUACAAGAACGUAUAGCAAACAUUCCAAUCGAGAAUUAUAGAAACUUCAGUAUAGUUGCUCAUGUCGACCAUGGGAAGUCAACCCUAUCCGAUCGUCUCUUGGAACUUACUGGAGUCAUUAAAGCUGGUGAUGCAAACAAACAAGUGUUGGACAGACUUGAUGUUGAACGAGAACGUGGGAUCACAGUCAAGGCACAGACAUGUUCGAUGUUCUAUACACACCCAGAAACCAAAGAAGAUUACUUAUUACAUCUCGUCGAUACACCAGGGCAUGUAGAUUUCCGUGCUGAAGUGUCACGUUCCUAUGCAAGUUGUGGGGGUGCAUUGCUUAUUGUAGAUGCAUCCCAAGGUGUACAAGCACAAACUGUCGCCAACUUCUAUUUAGCAUACAGUAUGGGGUUGAAAUUGAUUCCAGUUAUAAACAAAAUUGAUUUGGAUGCAGCAGAUAUUCCUCGUGCCAUUGAUGAAGUGGAAAACACAUUUGAACUCCCUGCAGAGGAUUGUAUCCCAGUGAGUGCCAAAAGUGGCCUUAACGUGGAGAAUAUCAUACCUUCCAUUGUUCAAAAUAUGCCUGCCCCAGAGGGAAAUCCCGAAAACCCCUUGAAGGCUUUAUUGGUUGAUUGUUGGCACGAUCCAUAUGUAGGAGUUGUUAUGUUGAUCUAUAUUCGUGAUGGGACUCUUAAAAAGGGUGCAAGAUUGAUCUCUGCUCACUCAGAGAAAAGAUAUGAUGUUAAAGACGUUGGAAUCAUGUACCCAGAUAAAAUGUCAAUGGAUAGUCUUAGAGCUGGGCAAGUGGGAUACGUUAUUCCGGGGAUGAAGAAUCCAAGAGAAGCAAUGAUUGGUGAUACUUUCUUCAAGUUGGGAGAACAUGAAGGGGUUGAACCUUUACCAGGAUUUGAAGAACCGAAACCAAUGGUGUUUGUGGGUGCUUUCCCUGCUGAAGGAGUUGAAUUCAAAGUCAUGAAUGAUCAUAUGGAGAAUUUAGUUCUUAAUGAUAGAUCGGUCACUCUUGCAAAGGAAACAUCUACAGCUCUUGGGUUGGGUUGGAGAUUAGGAUUCUUGGGUUCAUUACAUGCAUCUGUAUUCAAAGAAAGAUUAGAGAACGAAUAUGGUGCCAAAAUCAUUUUAACUGCACCAACAGUGCCAUAUAAAAUCAUUUACAAGAACGGAAAGGAAGUUAUUGUUACUAAUCCAGAUGAUUUCCCAAAUGUUGAUGAAAGAGCAUUGGUGGAAUCAUUUAUGGAACCAUAUGUAUCUGCCCUCAUCACAAUUCCAAAGGAAUAUGUUGGGGUGGUUAUGACUUUGUGUGAGAAUAAUAGAGCCAUUCCAGAAGAUGUUGAGUACCUCAACUCUGGUCAAGUUCUUAUGCGUUAUGAAAUCCCAUUAGCACAAUUAGUCGAAGAUUUCUUUGGUAAAUUGAAAGGGUGUACCAAAGGUUAUGGAUCUUUGGAUUACGAAGAUUCAGGAUACAAAAAAUCAAAUAUUGUUAAAUUGGAACUUUGUGUUAAUGGAAUCCCACAAGAUGCAUUAGCCCAAGUUAUGCAUAAAUCACAGGCCCAAUCCAGGGGUCGUGAAUUUGUAGAGGAGUUCAAAAAAUAUCUUCGAUUUGAAUUAUUCGACGUGGCAAUUCAAGCAAAGGUGAGUAAUAAGGUUGUUGCUAGGUCAACGAUUAAAGGUAAGAGAAAGGAUGUUACUGCCAAAUUACACGCAGCUGAUAUUUCAAGAAGAAAGAAGUUGUUACUGAGACAAAAGGAGGGUAAAAAGCAAAUGAAGGAGCUGGGACAAGUGAAGAUCAGACCUGAAGCUUUCCAAGCAUUCUUAAGAAAGAAGGAUUAAAUGAAAAAUUGUACAUAGUUAUCAUACAUAUAGAAGUAUUAU